GAUUCUGUACAAUAUGUGUAAGUAUAUGCUGCAAGCUUCUGGAACCACAUGUCGCGUAUGUGGGAUAGUCAAUGCUCAUUCAAGCGCCCGGCUUGAUGCUCAGUUAUUGUCGUUGAAGGAACAAGUUGAUCGCCCACAAUCUGUCACGCCAGCGGUUGCUCUCCAGGGCUCUUACGCUUCAAGCUUUCACGAGGCAGUCCCGUUCUGUGUCAAAGAUGUCCACGAGCGUCUAUCUGUAGAGCAAUCGUCCACUUGGAUCCCUUAAAGAGGCCACAAGACCGACCUACCCCCCACUGCUCAUGUCCGACGCAUCCUCGUUUACCGUGGCACAGGACAUCUUCCGACCACCUUUCCCAUCGACAAAUAUCACCGUGAAGGUCGUCCAUCUCGCCGCUCUCACGCGCAAUGUCAUUACCGACUGUCUGGGGAGUAUCACGGGUAUGGGUGGCAUCGGCGUCGCACCGGUCUAUGGCGCCAAGUGUGUCCUCACUACGCUUGCGCUUGCCUCUUCGGACAAAGUUCUCGUCGUGAAACUCGGUCCACAGGCGACUGGCAUCAAAAACAGCAACGGAGGUGGUAAAGCGAAGCGGAGACGCGGGCGGGAGCUUCUCACCGAGAUCCUGCUCUCGCUUAAUCUCACAAAGUAUGCCUUCCAGAUGGACAUCUUGGUCACUUCUCUGUAUCUCGACCUCGGCAUGCGACUCUGCAAUGGCGUAGACCUGCUAGAUGUCCUGUCGCAAGGCGCGAGUCGGCGUUCACGUGCAGCUAUAUUCAACGUGCUGGGUGGGGAGGCCGGGCUGUUCAAAGAUGAUGUGGCGGCUUUGUUUCAGGGAGAGGAACACGUUCGGGGCACGACGGUGAAGCAGAACGCGUUGCAGGCCUGGGCUGCCGGCUGUACGCACACGAUCGGAGGUGCAAGUUUGUUGAGUGCACCCCGGAUCGAAACAAGUGCCAUGAACGAGCAUCGCCUAGACGCAUUUGCCAAACUAGUCCGCGAUGCACGUCUUUUAGAAGAAACCAAGCCCAACACUGUCCGAAACGAGAUAGCGAGCGAUUACAGCUACGACAAAGGAAAACUUCAAGUCAAUUCUACUCGUUUCAAGACGCGGGUUCGAGAUAGCGGUCCAGAGCAGAGCAUUAUCAUCACCACGGAGGGACAAGAGGCUUUCGUCUCUGGUAAAGUCCAGCGAGUGGACGGUCGAGCCGUUGAAAUCAGUCUGAACGGCCCGUUACUCCCCGGCGUCAUCACCGUGAACACCGUGGGUAAGGACGCGCUGAACAGUGCAGAGACCCAGCGCGUCAACAUCAUCGUCAAAGCGUUGCAGCGGCAAUCGUCUAUCGCAGACCGGCCGUUCUUCCAGGCGAUUUGGUUACCACGCGAGGCACCGGAUUGGCCCCUGGGACCUGUUUCCUCUCGGUUGGGCACGGAUGUAGAGUAUCCGCGCCCACUCAAUUUGUCCCAGGAAUUGGCUGUCAUGGACAUUUUGUCCGAUAAGCCUGUGAGUGUGAUACAUGGACCCCCGGGCACGGGUAAAACUACGGUCAUCGCCGCGGUGGUCACCAGCAUCCGCGCGGAUCCAAGGGCCAGAGAAGAACGCUAUGUGUGGCUUGUUGCACAGAGCAAUGUCGCAGUCAAGAACAUCGCAGAGAAGCUCGCUGCAGUCGAUUUUCUAAAGUUCAAACUCAUCGUGUCUCGAGAUUUCCAUUACGAUUGGCACGAGCAUCUCUACAACAAGGUCGCACCAAACCUGAUCAGAUCCGAUGAACUCAACGACGAUAUUGUGGCCAUGGAAAGACUCAUAUUGGACUCGAAGGUGAUUCUUUGCACUCUGAGCAUGCUUUCCAACUUUCGGAUCGCUCCCAUCACCCGGAUGGUUCCCCUACAGACUGUCAUCGUCGACGAAGCCAGUCAGGUCGAAGUGGGUGCAUAUCUUCCCAUGAUAUCCACGUACUCGGACUCCCUGCGCAAAUUGGUGUUUAUCGGGGACAACAAACAGCUUGCUCCCUACGGGCAGAGCGAAGUCACCGGUCUGCAGAGCGUUUUUGAGCGAGAGCAUCUUCGAGAGAAUGCCGUGUUCUUGGACACUCAAUGGAUGCCAAGACAAUUGGGGACUUUCAUCAGUAAAUCUGUGUAUGGCAGUAAACUCAAGACCAUCCACUCCAUCGAUUCACCGUGCUGUCGGUUUCUUGAUGUUUCGAAGGGAAGGGAGGAGAAGCAAGGCUCGAGCUGGAUCAACGCUGCAGAAACACGGCGAGUCAUCGAGGAAGCCACUACUUGCUAUAACCAAGGCAAGUCGUACCGACUGAUCACCCCUUAUGAUGCACAAAGGGGACUUCUCGAGUCUGAGCUGAAAGCGGCCAAGAUACCUUGGGAAGACAAGGUUUUCUGCGUAGACUCGUUCCAAGGAAAUGAAGAUGAUUACAUCAUUCUCUCUGUUGUGCGCACUGAGAGAAUCGGGUUCCUGGCUGAGCCGCGGCGUGUUAAUGUCAUGCUGACUCGAUGCAAGAGGGGCCUCGUUGUCUGUGCCAACCGUGGCUUCAUCGAAGGAGUCGCUCGAAACUCGCUUGUCGGACAAUUAGCUAUCACGCUGGGACACCAGGCCUGGCGGUAGUACGCUUGCAUCCUGCGCUACGCUAGACGUUGCAUGAUUUCUGUGUAUAUCUAUCACAAUCCUGCUCUUACUCAACUUCU